ACCGCCCCGGGCCACUGCUUCCUCCUUCCUGAUCCACACACACGAGGCCUUGCUAGCUCCGGCCGUCGACCAUGGAGAGAGAGGCAGAGGCGCGCCACCAGCUGCUGCUCCACGGCGUGAGCCUCGACCUGCGUCUCGACACGGCCACGCACCAGCACGGCGGCGCGCGCCCGGCGUCCCCUGCUACUCCCGCGGCGCUCCACAACGCCGGCAGGGAGGCCUUCUCCUGCAACUACUGCCACCGCAAGUUCUUCAGCUCUCAGGCGCUCGGCGGCCACCAGAACGCGCACAAGCUCGAGCGCACCCUCGCCAAGCGCAGCCGCGACGUCCCCUCCCCAGCCUUCGCCACGGCGACUGCUUCCUCUUCCACGGCCGCCCACAGCUGGCUCCACGCCGGCGGCGGGGAGCUCUGGGGGUACUCUGCUUCGGCCCCUGCUCCGGACUCCACGACGAUGGCGCCACUGAUGCGCAUGGGGAUGGGCUGGGCUGGCACCGCAGCGGCCGCCGGGGAGGCGGUGCCGGAGAUGGACCUGUCGCUCAAGCUCUGAGACGAACUAGUUGAGCGGAGACAACACUAGAUUCCAGAAGCAAAUGUGCAUGGACAAUCGAUACGUCUAGCUUGUCAACAAGUACCCCUAGGUAGUAGUACUGAUGCUUAAUUAUUCGGUAGAAGCAAAUUGAAAAGUUUGAAUUUUAAAGUUUUUAAAUAAAGGCCUCCAUAGAGCUCGGUCUUCAUUUGGCAUUUUCGUGCGGUUGAUUGUUUCAGUUCACCAUCUAUAUAUACUACUCCCUCCGUUCACUUUUGUAAGUCAUUUCAGACAGCUUAAAAUGGACUGUUUUGCACAUUGUCUGAAAUG